AUGGGUGGUAAAAUAGAUAGAAGUGUGAACAAGACCGGUGGUCCACCAAUUUACCGGAUAAAUGGGCAAAACUUCCACUACAUUGGUAGUCUCUUGCCGGUCGACGGGAAAAAACCUCAUUUUGCACAGUUGUAUAUAUAUGAUACUAAUAAUGAACUUAGUAAUCGUAUCAAUUCUAUAAGGCAAGAUGGUGAGCAAAACGGCAUCCAUGUCGAGAUUGUUAAUGAUAUUCAACAAGAUUUGGAUACGAAUAAUAGAUCAAAGGAUGCGAGAACAUACAAUUUGCCGCAAGUUUCUGAAGUUGCUGCAUUAAUUGUCGGUGAUAUUGAUACAAAUAUUGGAGAACGUGACGUAAUGGUGGAAACGAAGAGCGGCCUCUUGCAAAGAAUUAGUGAAUUAAAUCCAGCUUACUUGCCUAUGCAAUACCCUUUACUGUUUCCGUAUGGUGAGGACGGAUACAGGGAAGACAUCCCCUUCUCUACAUUAAAAGGAAACACAACUGGUGGUCGUCAAAGGAUAAGUUCUCGAGAAUAUUUUGCAUACCGUAUACAGUCUAGGGUCUCUGAGGACGCUAUGGCGAUAUGUAGAUUGGUUGGAUAUCCAGAUCUGUUCAUCACAUUCACCUGCAACCCCAAGUGGCCUGAGGUACAACGCUUCUUGAAUGAUAGAAAGCUAAAACCUGAAGAUCGUCCUGACAUAAUAUGUAGAUUAUUCAAAAUGAAAUUGGACGCUCUAAUCUCAGACUGUAGGAAGAACAAGAUAUUUGGACCAGUAAUGCGAGUGAUAUACACCAUAGAUUUUCAAAAAAGAGGUUUACCGCAUGCUCAUAUUCUCCUAUUUCAGGAUAAAAUCAAUGGAGCCCAUAGUGUGGACAAUUUGGACCACAUUAUUUCAGGUGAGUUACCUGAUCAAGAAGCUGACGCAGAAUACUUCAAAGUAGUUGAGGAGUUUAUGAUGCAUGGUCCUUGCGGGAGGGCCAGGUUGAUUUCUCCAUGUAUGGCGAAUGGUAAAUGUACUAAACAUUUUUCCAAAAAGUUUGUUAAUUUCUCAACUUUUGAUGAGGAUGGUUAUCCUAUAUAUCGGAGAAGAGACAAUGGUCGUUCGGUGAUGCGCAAUGGGAUUAACUUGGAUAAUAGGUACGUGUCCCGUUCAAUCAAGUAUUUGUUCAAGUACGUGAACAAGGGUCACGACAGGGUGACAGCAGAGUUUUACAGAACCAGCAAUGAUCAAGAUGGACCGCAAGUUAUUGAUGAAAUCAGUAUGUACUAUGAUUAUAGGUACAUAUCUCCGUGUGAAGCAUCGUGGCGGUUUUUCGGUUUUGAUAUACAGUUUAGGACACCAUUAGUGGAACGAUUAAGCUUUCACUUGCCGAAUCAACAAAGUGUUGUUUUCGCAGAUGAUGAUCCAGUUGAUAACAUACUCAGCCGAUCAACAAUCUUACAAAGCAUGUUCCUAGAAUGGUUUGAGGCAAAUAAAACCUACCCGGAAGCAAGGAAUUUGACAUAUGCUGAAAUGCCAACGAAAUUUGUAUGGAAGAAAGAUAUUAGAAAAUGGCAGCCAAGGAAAAGAGGAUUUUCAAUCAGUAGAGUAUUCUAUGUGCCUCCUGGGUCAGGGGAGAUCUUUUAUUUGAGGUGUCUUUUGAAUAAAGUCAAAGGUCCCACAAGUUAUUUAGACAUAAAAACAGUGGAUGGUGUCCAAUAUGAAUCUUUUAGGGAUGCGUGUUGUGCUAGAGGAUUAGUAGAUGACGACAGGGAAUAUGUUCAUGCUAUAGAAGAAGCAAGUCACUGGGCCACAGCUGUGAAUUUGAGAUGA